UCCGUGCGCACCACAAUGGCGGAAGGCGGAGAAGAGGAGUCUGAGGUGUUUGAAAUCACCGACUUCACAACUGCAUCAGAAUGGGAGAGGUUUGUUGCGAGGAUUGAGGAGGUCAUCAAUGAGUGGAAACUGGCAAACCUGGCGCCCGGGCCGCCGCUCAGGAAGUUGGAUCAGAUGCCGGUCACAAACAGUAUCAGCAGAGAGUAUCACUCUGUCCCAGUGUUUGUACAGACCCAGCAGAAGUGGCGCCGUAUGUAUGUGGGUGUGUGUGAGGGGGGAGGGCUGAGGACCAACUACGACAUGGUCCAUCUGAAGAGGAUCCCUCAGCAGUACAACCACCUGGCCGGCCUGCUUGACGUCUUCAAGUCCAAGAUCGCCUGUCCCCUGCCUGCCCUGCCUCCUGUGACAGUGUCUGUCCGCUUCACCUACAUCCUGUCUGACUGGACACAGUCUGCCUGGACACAGGAGCCUCCGGACUUUGACAUUCCGUACGGUGGAAAUGUUGGAGGGGCGGAAUUCGGGAAGCUGCCAUUUGGAGCAUUGGAGGACCCAGUCAGUGAGCUUCACCUGUCCACCACCUGGCCCUGUCUGUCGGAGGAGAUGAUCGUGGACAACUCUGUUUACUCGGACUUGGACCCCAUACAGGCCCCUCAGUGGUCAGUACGAGUCAGGAUGACAGACAACCCCCAGUGCCUCUUGGGUGACUACCUGUCAGAGUUUGUGAAGAUCUGCCACAGCCUGGAGUCCACAGACCAGCUGCUGGGGGGCCUCAUGCUGGACGAUGAUGAAAAAGACCCGUCCCGUGACGUGAGCGCUGCGUUACAGCGUCUGACAGAACCCUCCCCCCUCCCCCUCCCCACCAUCUCUGACGUCGUCAGUAACAUGAAGACACGGACAAAGUUCCGCCGUAAGGAGGCUCCCAUAGGGGGAGAACUGCUCAACAUGAUUCUACAGUUCCUGUUCCCUGAUGCAGCCCUUGAAGGAGCCACACCAACAGAGAAACCUUCCAAGGAGCAGGGAGGAGAGAAACAGGACACAGCAGAGUAUAAGGAGACAUACCGUCAGUACAAGUCUUCUCCUGAAGGCAGCCUGAUGUACCAGCUGGCCAUGUGCAUGUGUGUGGUCAACACUAACCACGGAGGGCUGAGGGCCGUGGCUCAUCUGUGGCAGGAGUUUGUACUGGAGAUGAGAUACAGAUGGGAGAACAACUACUCUAUUCCUGGACUGCCAGAGGGAAGUCCUGACAUGUCGGCCUGCCUCUUACUCCAGAAACUACAGAUGCUGAACUGCUGUAUACAGAGGAAAACAGCCAGAGAGGCCAGGAUGAAGGAGGCAGCCAAACAGCAGGCUUCUGCAGCUGCUGCAGUUCCGGAGAAACCUGUUAGAGGGAGCUCUUCUGAUGGCUGGGAGGUGGAGGACAGUGAUGAGGAAUUUUUCGAAUGUGAGACUGAGCUGGAGAUGGAAACGGACGAGAACAUAGCUUCCAAUUCGGACGCUGAUUCGGCACAGAACAAUACCUCGCCCAAGGGAAAGGUAGCAUCAAAUUCGGAGCCGUCCAAUAACAGAACUAAUAUGCACAAGUCGGAGAGUGCCAUGUCGUUUAAGGACACGGUGGUGUUCCAGCCAGAAGGGAGGCUGAAGCAAUGUGGAGACCUUUGUCUGCUGGAUAGCAGCGAACCCCUGUACAUUCCCAUUACACAAGAACCAGGCCCCAUGACUGAGGACAUGCUGGAACAGCAUGCAGAAGUACUGGCUAAGCUAGGUACCUCAGCAGAAGGAGCCCAUCUCAGGGCUCGCAUGCAGAGUGCCUGUCUGUUGUCUGACAUGGAGGCUUUCAAGGCUGCGAACCCGGGUUGUAAACUGGAGGACUUUGUGAGGUGGUACUCCCCCAGAGACUGGAUAGAGGAGGCACUCACAGAUGAGACAGGCCAGCGAGUUUUGAAGGGAGAACUGAGCCCUCGGAUGCGUAUACCAGGGAACAUGUGGUGUGAGGUGUGGGAGAGCGCUCGCCCGGUUCCUGCAAGGAAACAGAAACGUCUGUUUGACGACACCAAGGAAGCUGAGAAGGUCCUGCACUUCCUGGCAGCGCUGCGCCCAGCCCAGGUGGCGCUGCAUCUCAUGCCCAUGCUGAUCCACGCUGCCAUACUCAGGGUCGAGGAGGAGGGAGAGACGACCCCCCCAGCCCUGGCCACCAUGCUGGCACAGAUCCAGUCCCGAGCCUCUAAGGUCCUCCGAGCACCGAACAUGGAUGCACAGAAAUGUGAGGAUUUGAUGGAACUUGUGAGACAAGUGACCCUAGUUGAGACCGUCAUCGCCCGAGCGCGCUCCCUGAGGGCAAAGUUCAACACGGAGAAGGCCGGUAGCGAGGACGGAGUUCGGGAGCUGGAGCGUUUUGUGUCGUCGCUAUUGGAGCAGCCGGAGGUGACGGUGAUCGGGGCAGGCAGGGGACCAGCGGGGACCGUCAUUCACAAACUCUUCGCUACUGCACAAAAGGCUGCUCACUCGUAUGACGACAGUGACCAUUCCCCCUCGGAGCACAGCGCGGAGCUCGACUCGUGCCCGGACUUCCCCAAACCCGCGGGGCGGGAGUACAUCCUGCGCACCACCGUGCCUCGUCCCUGCCCGGUCUCCCGGCCCUGCCCCCAGCGCAUGUUCUGUACUCUCAUCAAGGAGGACUUUAGACUCGCGGGAGCUUUCACCUCUGACACGACCUUCAUGUGACCUUCAUGAAGGUCAUGUGAAGCGCAUGUUCUGUACACUCAUCAAGGAGGACUUCAGACUCGCGGGAGCUUUCACCUCCGACACGACCUUCAUGUGACCUUCAUGAAGGUCAUG